AUGACACUGAACUGCUCAGAUCCUCGGUCGCAUCCGCGGGCAAUAUUAACCUCCAUGCAUUAUUUUACAUUCAUUUGUUAUUCCAUUUGUUUCUGCAUCGCAUUCAUCGGUAAUGGCACAAUGUUCCUUAUUUUGAUCAGGAAUCAGCGUGUCAAAGUUCGCCGAGUACAUACGUUAUUAUUACAUAUGAAUAUUGCACAUCUUAUUGUUACAUUAAUUUAUAUGCCGAAAGAAGUAAUACAUAGCAUAACAGUUGCAUGGUGGGGCAGUGAUUUCUUAUGCAGAAUAUGCAAAUUUUUUGAUAACUUUGGCAACAGUUUAGCGGCUAAUAUGUUGAUAUGUAUAAGUCUUGAUCGAUUUUAUUCAAUAUUUUCACCGCUGUAUACAUUAAAUGCUAAAAAAUCGAUACAAAGGAUGAUUGCUGUCGCCUGGAUUAUCAGUUUCGUGAUAAGUAUUCCAGCGGCUGCCUUAUUCCGUACGUCAUCUCAUCCAUGCGCAAAAUGGUUUAUACAAUGUGUGUCAGGUGAUUUCGUUGGCGCUGUAUCACAUGAUGUUGUUUUUGCUUAUACCAUAGCCAAUCUUACACAGGUUUCUCUAUUGCCGCUUAUAAUAACGGUUAUUUGUUACUCGUUCAUACUAUAUAAAAUCUCUUCUAAAAGUGAAACUAAAGUGCUGAGUACCCGACAAGUGAAUUCGACAAAAUUAAAUUUUAUUGGUAUCUCAACAACGAAGCUGCGAACUUCUGGUGAGACUUAUACACGUGCCAAAAGUAAAACGUUGAAGAUGACAUUUGUCGUGGUAUUUGCAUUUCUGUUGUGUUGGACACCUUAUGCAGUUGCUUCAUUGGUUCAUUUCACUAUAAAACCAAGUCCCAUACCGGCUAUUAUUCGGAAAUUGCUAUACACAUUCGCCGUAUUUAAUUCUGCAAUUUCGCCAUACCUUUAUGGUUAUUUUUCAUUUGAUCUGAAGAGAGAAUUAUUAUUGCUGGUUAAAUGUUCCAAUACGGAUGCAUUCGAGAGAGUACCAGUUAUCAUUCCUAAUUCUGCAGUACCCAAGAGAAGAUUGCUGACGCAAGCAACUAAUUCAUUUCGGCCUUCAUCUGAUGAUCAACCACUUUUAGUUUCAAAAAUAAAAGAAGAAAGGUUUACUACAAGCAAAAGAACUUCAACCGUAAAGAAUCGUUGA